UUGCAAAUUACUAUUUUUUGGUGUGUGUUGAUGCUAAGUCCAAAUGGGCGGAAGUCGAAGUCAUUAAAGAUGCCCCAACUAGUUCAAAAACUAUCCUUUUGAUAGAAUUUUUUUUUUCUUUUCAUGGCUAUCCACAGGUUAUUGUAUCUGAUAAUGCUUCAAUAUUUCAAAGUGAAGAAUUCCAUUCUUAUGGAAUUCCAUUCUAAUCGAGGAAUAUUUAAAAAAUUCAUCGCUCCAGGACAUCCUGCCACCAACGGCCUUGCAGAGCGAAACGUCCAAACCUUAAAGCAAAAGUUAAAAGUUUCUUUUCUUGAAAAAUCCUCAAUCCCAAGUAAAGUUCAAAACAUAUUAUUCCGUUAUAGAGCAACACCUCUAGCUUGUGGACAGUCACCUGCUCAAUUAUACUUACAUAGAAAAAUCCGCAUACGUUUAAACUCAAUCUUUCCUUAUCAUCCAACACCAUCAACAGUUUCCAGUACUCCUGUAAGAUCUUUUUCAGUGGGGGAGAGAGUCCAGGUGAGGUUGUUCAUAAAUAACCAUAACGUAUGGCAGUUUGGCAAAGUCGUGAAAAAGUAUGGUACACGUCAUUAUUUGAUUUUACUAGACUCAGGUCGGCAAUUAAAGAGACACAUAAACCAAUUAAGAUCAACAUUAAUUCCAGAGAAAAAAAAGUGUGUGACUUUUGGGCCAACCCAGUCUUUUGACAUACCUAGACCAUCUAAGAUCUCCUCACCUACUCAGCCUAGUAUUCCAGAACUUCCAACAAAUUCCAAACAGGACGUUGUGACAAAACCAAAAAGAAAGGGACAAUUACCUACACGCUUUAGGGACUUCGUAAUGUCAUAAGCAUAUUUCAAAUCUGUUUUAA